AUGCAGCAAGAAUUUGCUAACUCUGAUAUAAUUUUAUUAUUACACACAAAAAUAUUUAUUUAUGGUUUCGGUGUUAGGUUGGUUGAGAAUUUAGACGAAUCAACUGAUAUCAAUCCUGAGAAAGGAGAAAUUGAUGUAGAAAAAGAAAAAAAAGACACGAUUAAUGAUGAUGAUUCUCCAAUCCCGAUGGUUGCUGCGGCUGUUAGCACCGAAGAUGAUCCAAGUUUACCUUGCUUAACUUUUAGAUUUUGGGUUUUGAGUACGUUCUUCACGGCACUUGGUGCAGCGAUAUCCACAUUUUACUAUUUUCGUCCGAAUAGUCAAACUUACUCCGUCUUUUUUGUGUUGCUUAUAUCUUUUUUCUUGGGACAUGUGAUGGCCAAGGUGCUUCCAACGAGAAAAUUUCGAAUUUGGCGAUGGGAGUUUAGUCUUAACCCAGGUCCAUUCAAUAUCAAAGAACACGUUUGUAUAGUAAUAGCUGCAAAUACUGGAGGCGUAUCGGCAUACGCUAUUGAUGUCAUUUCCAUCCAAGAACUUUUCUAUAACACCCACAUACCCUUUUUAAAAGGUUUCCUUCUGCUUGUAAGUUCUCAAGUUUUGGGAUACGGAAUGGCAGGAUUUCUUAGAAAAUAUUUGGUUCGUCCAGCAAACAUGAUUUGGCCGGUUAACCUUGUAUACUCGACCUUGUUCAGUUCAUUUCACAACAGUAUGCCCGCAGCACGUCAAAAACUUCGAUAUUAUGCUAUUGUAUUUGUCAUUGUGUUCAUUUGGCAAUUUGUACCGGUAUACAUGUUUAACCUCUUAACAAGCAUAGCUCUAUUAUGCCUAAUAUCUCCAUACAGUAAGGUGAUGAAUAGAUUAGGAAGCGGAUAUCAUGGUUCGGGAAUAUUAAAUUUUAGUUUGGAUUGGAAUGCAAUCGGACAAUUCGGACCAUUAUAUACCCCAUGGCAUGUGGGUUUCGGUGAAUUAUUUUGUCGAUAUGAUCAGUUAUCAAUUCUCGAUAAAGAGACCGGUUCUUUAAAUGAGACGGCUUACGAAAAUUACAGUCCUGUGUAUAUAUCGACCAGUUUCGCUUUUACUUAUCUGUAUAGCUUCAUGAUGCUUACUGCAACCAUAAGUCACGUUUACCUUUUUUAUGGUGAAGAAAUUUGGAAAAGAUUCAAAGCUAGUCGCAAAGAAGAAGAGAAAGAUGUUCAUUGCAGAAUGAUGGAUAAAUAUCCAGAGGUUCCAAAUUUUUGGUAUGCGGCAGUAUUUGUUAGCAUGGCAGCAAUUGCUAUUGCACUUGGAUACAUAAAUGAUGCGCAUUUACCAUGGUGGGCACAAUUACUGUCUAUUGCAAUUGCAGUGAGUAUGGUGCUUCCAAUCGGAGUGAUAACGGCGAUAUCAUCAAAUACCCAACUCGGUUUGAAUGUGAUAACUGAAAUGAUCUGUGGUUAUAUGCUUCCUGGCAAUCCUAUUGCCAAUGUGUACUUUAAAUUGUAUGGUUAUAUGGCAUUGUAUCAGUGUCUUCUCUUACUUUCCGACCUUAAGCUUGGUCAUUAUAUGAAAAUUCCUCCACGAUACAUGUUUAUUUCUCAAUUGUAUGCUACGAUCAUUGGAGCCUUUGUAAAUUAUUGGGUUUGUCAACUUAUUAUUCAAUACAAGCGACCAUAUCUUGAUAACACAGAAGUUGAUCCAACCGGCCAAUGGUCAGCUAAUCAGUCGCAAAUUUUUAACACGGCAUCAAUAGUAUGGGGCUUGAUUGGACCAGCAAAAACGUUCGGGCCCGGUACUUUUUAUCAACCACUACUUUGGGGAUUCGUAAUUGGGUUCGUUUUACCAAUCCCGAUUUACCUCUUACAUCGAAGAUUCCCAAAAGCUAGGUUUGAUUUGGUUAACAUACCAUUAAUUUGCACUGGUCUUAGUAUAAUUCCUCAAUACUAUAGAAAUUUUAUAAUUAUGGGAUUUUUAGCAAGUUUUAUGAGUCAGUAUUAUGCCUAUCGUUACAAGAAUAGAUGGUGGAAUAAAUAUAAUUAUGCACUUUCUGCGGCAUUGGAUAGUGCAACGCAAAUCGCUACGACGAUUAUCUUCUUUUGUUUUAGUGGAAUUGUUCAGAUACCGUUUCCAGAAUGGUGGGGGAAUAAUCAAGCAAGUGAAGGUGAAAGAUGCUUUGUUUCAGGUGAAAUUUGA